ACUCCUGGGCUUUGGGCGAUUGCUCAGCUUCAGAGACGCACACGAACGUAUAAUCUGAUCCCGCUCAGAAGCCAGGGGCCAAUACGGAGAUAGCUCGACUUCUGACUUGUACCAGCAUAUUUGACGUCCUGCAAGCCCCGGUGACUUGUAUUCCCCUCGCACAUUCACCUGCAUCAAUCUCUCGACACCAUGCCCUUCUGGCAACGACACAGGGGCUUCAUGCAGAUGCAUGACGCCGAGGCAUCGCCGGUUCACUCGCCCUCGGAAGCCUCGCCCACGAUCGUUUCGCUCAAGAGUUCCGUUGCGUCGUUGCUCAAAAAGCCAUGGCAGGAGCCGCACCGCACCGACCUCCGGCGUCUGGCCAAGGUCACCCUGGCCUACAUCGUUGCCAUGUCCGCAAUCAUGUUCACGCCGCUCGGCAAGAUCCUCGGCACCUGUUCCUGCUUUGUUAUCACGGCCAUUGUGUUUGUCGCCCCAACCCGGUCGGUCGGAGCCAUGCUCAAGUCGUCGCUGCACUCACUUGCGGCCAUCGCUAUCGGGCUCGUUAUCUCGGUCUCGUUUUUGUACUCGUCCUAUCUACUGUCGACCCUCGACAGCUCGGAGAAGUGGGUUGCCAAGUUCAUGACAAUUGGGGGACUCUUUGUUGUUGUCUAUCUCAUCGCAUUUGUCAACAUUCGCUAUUCGAGCCCGAAUGUGAGCACAGGAUGCCUGUUUGCCUACAACCUGACGUUCCUUACAAGCACACAGAUCGCCAAUGCCGCCGUCACAAUCGAUCUCUUACUCCGGACAACACAGACGACGGCGAUGGCGCUCCUUACUGGCCUGGGCAUCAGCCUCGUGUGCUGUUGCCUGGUCUGGCCUGAAUCUGCGUCGUCCCAGGCAGAAGACCACAUCCGGAAGAUCCUAAACAACUUCAAGAAAGUUAUUAUCACGGUCAAGAAUCGACCUUCUCUGAUAUUUCGAUCGCCUCAAGCCGAGGACACAGUGGUCACCAAUCCCGAGGAGCUCAAGUCGCUGUCGCAGAUGACGGCGCUCCAGCAAAGCCACGAGAAAACACUGCUGAGCCUUGAGACGACUCGAGUCGAGGUUCUGUUUGAACCCUUCUCGAAAAUAUUCAUGCAUCUGAGGAUCUUCAACGCCAUCUUCAACCGCUUUGAGCACCUCACUCAGCACGUGGGUAGUUUGAUAUCGAGCUUUCGUUCGAUCGAAUCGAACCAUGAGUGCGGUGAGGUUAUCUACACCCAGUUUCGUGAAUCUCUGUCCGAGUCUCUCGAGAAGGUGAUGCAACGUUGCAUGGACGCGCUCGACCUCGUUUCCUUCCAGCUGCUCGGGCGAAAGGAUGCCGACAGCUCCAUCACUCGCUCCUCCAAUGACCAAAUUGAAGACGUCCUCGUCAGCCUCCAAAAGGCCAUCAAAGAUUUCGAAGAGAGACAGGAGCACGAACUCGAGGUGCUCUUUCGCAUCCACAAGGAGAAGAUGAUGCCAAUCUACUUUUUCUCCUCAAAGCUGGUCGAGUUUUCCAACGAGAUCCUGGAGCUGGCUCUGGCGGCCUCAAAUGCACACCAAGCCAUCCAAGCGAGAAAGAGCCAUGGGUCCUUGCUGUGGUGCUUCCAGAACUUCAGCCUCUCCUCCAUUCUUAGGAUUCGCAAAGAUCGAAAAGCUGCUCGUCACCGUGAGCGGCAGCUCAAUAUCGAGUUCGCCAAUGCAUCAAGAGCACCAGCACGCCUGCGCUACUUCAAGUAUAUCAAGCAGUACUUCAAAGGCUUUGACAAAUUCCAUGUCAAGUAUGCCCUCAAGACAGCCAUCACUAUCUCGCUGCUGGCUCUGCCGUCGUUUCUGGAGCGAUACCAGCUUGCCUACUAUGAGUAUCGGCUGUACUGGAUGCUUACGACCGUGACGAUCGUGAUCUCGCCUUCGGUCGGCGCCUCUAAUAUCGCCGGACUCAAUUCCAUCUUGGGCUCCAUUCUCGGAGCGGCCCUGGCUGCGGGCGUCUGGAUGAUCUGCAGCGCCAAUCUAGUGCAGCUGUGCUUGGUCUCGGUUGCGCUGGUGGUUCUGCCACUCUACUACAACAUUCGGAACAGCAAGUACUCCAAGAUCGGAUCGAUCUCCCUGAUGACCUACAAUGUGGUAUUGCUACAAGCGCUCGGCGCCACUCAGAACGUCGUCAUCAGCGAUGACUUUUCCAUCAAGAACAUUGCCUAUCUGCGCGGCCUCUCCAAUCUCAUUGGCGUGGCGGUCGGCCUGUCUGUGUCGUGGUUUAUUUGGCCCUACAAAGCCAAGACACAGAUUCGCAUCAUCCUUUCAGAGGCCCUCUCGAGCAUGAGCAUCUUGUACAUCAAGAACUGCGAAAUCUUUGGGACCCCGAGCGGCGAGCCCGGCUAUGUUGAUGUCGAGGUCUUUCGCCAGGUGGAAGUGUCGGUGCGCAUGAAGCUCACCGAGUUUCGAAAGCUUGCGGUCAUGACAAAGCACGAGAGCCCCAUCAAGGAUGAUCGCAACAUGGAGCUCUACAACCGCAUUGCCGAUGGAUGCGAGCGCAUCCUGAACAAGUUCGCGGCGAUGCGCCUCAGGCCCAGCGAUGCCUAUCUGAGCCAAGUAGCGACCGACCUCGUGCGGCCGAUCCAGACACAUCGCCAGGAGUUCAUUGGCCAGAUCCUGUUGAUCUUCCAUGUGCUCUCCGGGUCGAUGAGACUCAAGAAUCCAAUGCCGCCCAGGCUGCCACAGAUCGAGACCACACGCGAUAAUGUCUUGGGAGCCAUCCGGAAGCUCCCGAUGAUCGUGGCCCUCGAGAAGGGCGAGACACAGACCAUCCAAAAGAUCCACUGCUACUACUACUACGCUUACAUUCUGGAAAUGGCCUUGGUGGUGAACGAGGUGUCGGCUAUCUGGGACUCGAUGAAAACCCUCUUUGGUGAGAUCAAUUACUGGCGCAAGACUAAAUAGAUGGAGAUACUCGGAACAAACACCGUGGCAUCCCCGGUUUAGAGAUGUGCGAUUCAAUAUUCUGCAGCCAGUGGAGCG